AUGUUACUUGCAGGCAUUGUGAGGGUAUCCGGAGAGCCCGUACCAGCGUCGACACCCAUGCUGGAACUCCUUGCCGGCGUCAAAUUGACCUAUCUGGCUGAGGGUGCCGCCAACAUAGUCUACAGGAUCUCCCUUCCUUCCCAGCCCGACGCCUCAGACGGCUCCCAUGCAAGGGGCCUGACGCAAAGUGCUUAUGCAGGCAAGCUUCUCCGCCUGAGGAAGAAGAUCACCUCAGGCACGCCCUACGCUGAGAUCACACGCAAGUUCAACUCGCAGAUACGCUCCCUCUUCCGGGACGACGAACUCGUCUGCCAGGACCUCAUCAGGCUGCCCGCCGGCCUUGCCGCUUCCUGCAAUGAGAAGCUCAAGGACGACGAAGCACACAACCGGAGGCCCAGGAAGCGUUGUGGCGUCUAUCUAUGCACUGACGAGCCGUUUGGGCUGCUCGUCAGGGACAUGACGACUGCCCCCGGCUCCGGCGCUACUCUAUGGGAGUUCAAGCCCAAGUGGCUCACUCAAUCUCCCUCCGCGCCUGCAAACGCCAGACGGUGCCGCACCUGUGCUCUAAGGGAGAAGAGGAAUUUCGAGGCCAGCCAGGGGCCCGCAAAGGGAGGACCAGAGCACCACCAUAAGAAGUCAUUCUGCCCUUUCAAACUGGCCUCGAAUAAUCUAGAAGACGUGUUGUCUGCGAUCACGGCCAUCAGCAACAGCCCCGAUGCCCAGCGAGUUGCUACUUUCAUGCAUCGAAACCCUACUUUGCUCAAACUUCGUGACAAGCAACGUCAGAUGAAUGCUGUCGGCCUGCCAGGUAUCCAUGCAUCCGCUGAGGAGCGGGCCAUUUCCAUGACCCUGAGAGACUGCACGAUGUUCGUCAAGGUACCACAUAAACAUGACGAGCCCUUUGAGCUUCGUCUAGGUGACCUUGACUUUAAGAGCGAAGACGGAGGCAAGCUUCAGUAUUGGCAGGAUAUCGAGACUGAACUCAUUGAAGGAGGGUGGUAUUUGGGGACUCAUCGGGGACAGCAAAACAGUGAAUGUGCUGUAUGCCACUAG